AUGGGAAAACUCAGAACCAACCCCCUUCGCAGAAACAAGAACAAGUGGUGCGAAUUCCACGAUGACUUCGGCCACUACACCGAAGAGUGUAACGCGCUGAAGGAUAACAUUGAGGAUCUCGUCCGCCGAGGAUACCUAAAACAAUACUUGCUAGAUAGAAGAGAGGAAAAGGAAAAAGCCACAAAUGGCAAGCCACAAGAGCAACCCCAGAAAAGGAUCUACGAGGCCACUGGGCAAAAGAAAAAAGACAUCUUAGUGGUGUUCGGGGGGCAAAGGUCCAACCAUGCCAGUAAGAAGCACUUAAGAGAACUCUCCCACCAAGUCAACUUCAGCACCGUAGGGGAGAAGGAGCCCCGUCCUCCGAACAUGACCUUCACUGCUGAUGAUUGCCUCGGAGUCCAAUACAAACAUGAGGAUCCCUUGGUAAUAUCCAUGGAUCUCAACAACCACAAUGUUCAUAGAGUAUUGGUUGAUGGGGGAAGCGUCAUGAGCAUCAUCUUCAGAAACUGCUUCGACCAACUAAUCCUCGGGGAAGGAGAGGAAUCACUGACCAAGGUCAGCUACCCACUGAUCGGAUUCAACGGCUCCGCAACAAUUCCCCGAGGAAAGAUCACCCUACCAGUAACAGUUGGCCAAGGCCAAGCGACAAGAAGCGUCCGAGAAGAAUUCUUGGCGAUGGAUUGCGACUCAGUGUACAACGACAUCCUAGGACGCAUCUUGAUUCACAAAAUGCAAGCAAUGCCAUCCACGUACCAUCAAAUGAUGAUGUAUGUCUCGGACGCAGGCUUCGCCGAACGAGUCAAAGGUGAUCAAGAGGUCGCAAGGGGAACUUGCGACACAACCAUCCGAAAGCCAAGGCUUGGAGACGGUUCUGAAUAG